AUGACACCCCAAGGAACAGCACGGGAAGAGGCGAAAGACAUUGUAAGGCCGCGUGAUGAUUCUGUCAAUGACGUGGAAAAACAAGGAUCAAAAAGAGGCUCUCCUUUGCAGAUUCUGAUUAUAUUUCGGAUCAUCAACAGCAUCUUUGUCAACUCCUAUUUCCAACCUGAUGAGUUUUGGCAAUCACUCGAGCCUGCUCAUGUCAAGGCAUUUGGAUACGGUGAAUUGACUUGGGAGUGGAAAAUCGGGUUACGGAGUUACGUAUUCCCGGUUUUAUUCGAGAUUGUGUACCGUGCAGUCUCACUGUUAGCAGCAUCACUAGGAGGGCUCGUGGCUGUUAACGUCAGGAUUUUCACAUCUUUGGUCAGAAGUGUAAUUCCUGGCUGGAAAACAGGCUUAGAGAUGGUGUUCGAGAUGCAAAGUUUCCCGCGAGAGAUACAGGAGUUCGCAGAAUAUCAGGGUGUCAUUUACGGUCCUAAGAUUAUGAUGGCAGUAUUCGCAGCAGUAGGUGAGUGGUAUGCUAUACAAUUCACAGAAAGAGUAUAUUCGGGUUGUUUCGAAGACAGCACGAAGAAAUCAAUCCAGAAAUCGGCCCUAGUACGAAAAAUCGCAUUGGUGCUCUCGGCGACCAACUUCUUCAACUGCUUCAUGAUUACUAGAACCUUUAGCAACACAUUUGAAAUGGGACUAAUUGGUAUCGCACUCUGCAAAUGGGACUGGACUGGGGGUCAAAACGUGAAGUCCUCUAGCUUCAGUACAAGUUUGUUUAUCGGGCUACUUUUAUGCAUUCAAAGACCGACCAACGCGUUUAUUUGGGGACCUUUGGGGCUAUUUAUGGUCCUAAAUCUUCUCACCAACCGCCGUUUCAAAACGCUGGCUCAACUGAUUUACAAAGUUGUCUCUAUACUAUGCUGUGUGGUACUCCUGACUGUUAUGAUUGACUAUUACUUUUAUGGUGAGGUGGUAUUUCCCGCUUUGCGAUUCGUCAAGUUCAAUUAUAUAAGCGCGUUGUCAGAAUUUUACGGCACAGCGCCAUGGCAUUUUCAUUUGUUUCAAAGUGUUCCGCUUAUUGCUGGUUACUCUCUGCCUUUACUAAUCCUUGGUUUAUUCUCGUUGAAGUCAGUGGAAAAGCGUUCCUUGUUCAAUGAUCCACUAAAGCAGAUCAAAGUGAUCAUUUUGCUUAACAUAGCAGUGUUUUCUGCUGUCGGCCAUAAGGAAUUUCGGUUUAUGUACAGUCUUCAACCGUUAUUCCUUAUGAUUUCAAGUAUUGUAUCGCUGAAAUUCUUUACAAGCACCAAACAACAGCACGCGCACUCGCUUGAGUGGUAUUUUUGGAUACCGCCAUUUGUUUCCGUUGUCGUGGCCAUGUCCCUUACGUCGCUUCAUGAAACAGGUGUUGUUGAAGUUACCAAAUACUUGCACGGCAUUCCCAAGGUGGACAGCGUUGGAUUCGUGAUGCCCUGUCAUUCAACACCAUGGCAGUCUCACAUUCACCGAAACGACACGCAAAGUUUGUGGUCUAUUACAUGCGAUCCGCCGCUGCACUUGCUAUCAGACCCCGAAGCUAGAGAGAAACUUGCCCAUUAUAUGGAUGAAAGUGAUCGUCUUUAUGAAGAUGUUCCAAAGUUUAUAUAUCAAAACUUUCCCCCAGUAUUUCGCAAGAAUCUCAGAUCACCCGACAAAAAGUGGCCGCAUGAGUGGCCCGAGUAUUUGGUGAUUUUCGAGCACCUAGACGAUUUGUUCAUGAGAGAAUUUCUGGAAGAUACUGGCUACUCGGAGGAAACAAGGUUUUUCAAUACCCUAAGCCAUUGGGAUUCCAAAAGAGCAGGCUCUGUCAUCGUUUAUUACAAGCCUCCAUGGUUUUGA